AUAAAAGAGCACCGUAUAAAGUGAAACCAUGUAAGGAAGAAAAAAAUAGUAUAAGAUGGAAGAUAAAAUGGAACCAUGUAUGGAAGAUAAUAAAAGGUGAGACAUAUAAAAGCAGAUAAUGACGAAGAUUUUGCCAGACUAAAGGAGAAAAAUAAUCGCACUUUAGUUGCCGAAUAUGAGUGGAAGGUUAAAGACAUACAUCGCCUCAUUCACACUUCUCUAUCGACUCAUAAAGAUAUGAUCAAAGGUCCUGAAUUUUACACGGGUCAACCGGGUUAUAAAGUAAGAUUAAGUUUGUCUGCCGGAAAGAUCAAUCCAGCUGAUAAAUUACCCUAUUUAGGAGUAUGGUUUGCGCUUAUACCCGGAAAAUUCGAUGACGUGAUCGAAUGGCCGUUUCAAUAUAAAUUCAACUUGACACUUGUGGACCAAUCCAAUAGGGGAGAUCCCGAACAUAUCCAUCUGUCCAUGAAUCCCAUGACGGCUAUUUGCAGGUUGCUUAAACAGUUUUUAAGGCCUCGAACCAAUAAAAAAGAUAAUGACGGAUGCGGGAAGGAAUUUUUUGUUCCUCAUUCGAAACUCUUAACUUCUGACAACAGAUAUUUAGUGAAUGACACGCUUCUUAUUAGGGUAACCAUCUUUUUAGGAGAUAGAGGAACUAUACCAAAGAGAGCCAAAGCUUAUAUGAGAGGACAUCAACUAGUUUCCGAAUUUCUUUGGGAGAUUGAAGACAUCGACGAUAAAGUACAGCAGGCUAGAGAUGGGUUGUUAAGUUAUGUUACUAGUGAUUUGUUCUACGUUAACAGUGAGAGUUACUUAAUGGUGCUUCAGCUUACCAUAAAUGCGGAAGACGAACAUUUAGGUCUUUUUACGACACUUGUUCCUGGUGAUUUUGAUGAUACUUUGGAAUGGCCAUUUUCUUAUAAUUUCGAAUUAUCUAUUGUCGAUCAGUCUCCUGGAUAUUUAACGUUGGAUAGAAAGGGAGUCGUUGAUCCUACGUCUGGGAUAUGUUCUUUAAGUUCUUUUACAAAACCACAAUAUCAACCCAAUCUUCCUUGUGGAUUUCGAAGGCUUAUAAAUUUUCAAAUGUUAGAAAAUCGAAAUUUUAAGAAAAACGGAAAUCUUCUUGUAAAAUUCACCACCAUAUUGGAUAAGAUGCCAAAUUUUGCAUCUAUAUCGGUGAAAGAUACGCAUUUAAUUUCCGAAUAUUCCUGGAGAGUUCCGAAUAUUGAAAGGAAGGUGCAAUUAGCAAAAUCUGGUAGACUUAUUAAUCUACUUAGUGAGAGAUUUUACACUUCUGAUCAGGGAUAUCUGAUGCAAAUGCAAUUGAAGUUUCAGAAUCAAAGCAAUGGAUUUAUUGGACUUUAUUUAACUUUACUUGAAGGUGAAUACGACACUCUACUCGAAUGGCCUUUCGUUAAAAAGUUUGAUUUAGUGAUUAUAGAUCAACAACCUGCUGGUAACGGGAAAGACAUUUUGGUUUCUGUAGAUCCUCGUAAUCCUUACAUCACUAAUGAGGCUUGCGUUGGAUCAUUUUGGAGACCGGUUGGAAGAAAUGAUGCCUGUGGUUCCGCCAGCACCAUCAGUUACGAGAUGCUGUAUAGUAGAAAAUAUAUACGCUACGGCGCCAUGUUAGUGAAGGUAACUGUAUAUACCGAAGAGAUACACCCACCGCGAUUCGCCUCAUUAACAGUGGAUGACGAUUAUUUAGUUGCCAAGUAUAUAUGGACCAUACCAGACAUCGACAGUAAAAUAGUGCAAGCCAAAAGAGGAGAAAUCCAAUUUAUAGACAGUGAGAAAUUUUAUCUAUCCAACAAUGGAUACAGGAUGAUGUUAAGGGUUUAUCCUGAAAAAAGUUUCGGAUAUGUUGGCUUAUACGCGGUCCUUACCAAGGGUAUCUACGACCAAGACCUAGAAUGGCCCUUCAAAUAUAAAUAUCAGUUAAUUGUUUCUGAUCAAACCGAAAAGGGGCCAAAAGUUCAUAUCCGUAGGACUACUUUUCCUUCCACUUCUUCUAGCGGUUGUCCCGACGUUGCAUUUAAGAAACCGGAACAAGAUUUAGCAGAAUGGAGUUGUGGAGAAGGUCGCAUGAUCAGUCACGAGACCCUCAACAUCCGAGGUUACAAGAAAAACGGAAGUAUGAAAGUAGGCAUUACUGUUUUUAUAAAAGAACUGUCUACGAAUGUUGCUAACACCGUUAUUCAGCAAGGCAACAUGAUUGCCGAAUACUCGUGGCUGAUAGAACGUAUGUUGGAUAAGAUACUUCUACUAAAAUCUCAAGAAAUCUCGAAAGUAGAAAGCUCAGUGUUUUAUACAAACAAUCAAGGCUAUGCUUUAAGAUUAAGCAUGGCGUUAAAUGCUGUAGAACCUUCUAUACAAUCGUUAACCAAUCACGGCGAGGAAUACGUUGUCGGAUUGUAUUUAACGUUAUUUAAAGGUAAGUACGAUGCUAUGAUGAAGUGGCCUUUCACCCAUACUGUAAUUCUGACUCUAGUGGAUCAGAAUAAUUCCGCUAGAGAUUUAGUGAAAGUAAUCGAUCCGAGGAACACGAAAUGCCCUCAACAAGCAUUUCUUAGGCCGAGAGACGUUCAUAAUGAACAUUCUUGUGGAUUUGCAGCUUUGGUUUCUCUAGAGAGACUUCAGAGUUACAUACGUGAAGGCGCUGUACUUCUAAAAGCAUCCGUCCUACUUAGUGAAAAUAGAAAUUGAACUAUUCUAAUUAUUUAUAAAAAAAAUUAUAUAUAUAUACGGGGUAUAUAUUUAAAAAAAUAUAUAUUAAAUCUUUCAUCAACACGCUUGAUUCGGAGCGGUUCACACUUGGCAUUAUAACAAUUAAAUUACAUGUUUUGUUGUAUAUUAAUUUUCAUACUUCAUACCAUAGUUAAGUUCCUGUUUCAUCAAUGUUUUUUGAUCUCCGCUUGAUAUAUUUUAUUGUAUAGUUUGCUCUUGUUUAAUUCAACGGUAUUUAGAUAGGC